AAAUAUGAGAAAUUCUUUCACCAGGGUUCAUCGAUGAAUCACGCUAUGCGUCUACAUGUGUAGCGGCCUUUAGUGAGCAAGUAGCGUAUAAAUGACCGGAUUCGUCGUGGAAUGUGGAGAUUGUGGAAUUCGCUGUCGCUACUCACUUGUCAGUGCCGUGCAUACUGCGUGCUAGUGCAUGCUGGUGCACGCAAUUGUUUGAUUCGAGCUCGCAAUCGUCGCAAUUGAUUUCAAAGAAUGUGAUCUUUCACCGUUGAUUUCGGAGCUCUCGGUCCGGUCUUCUGUCCGAUAUUUUGUUACGCGCGUACGCCGUAUUUUUAGACGCGACCGAUCAGUCUCGUCUGGCCAGACAUAGCGACUCGAUUACGAUUUUACGAGGCGAGGCGCCCAGCGACGCGAGAGUACAUAUCAUAUCGCGAAAUGACGCGCGCGUGACAAGGGAGAGGACCAUCAGACCAUCACCAUCUGGCGCCGUCUGCUCCUGCGAAGGUCGUUCGGGGUCACCCGUUUCACCCGUCUGGUCGCCGCGCGACGUGUCAUCGGAUCGAGACGAGGUGUUAUCGUUUUUUUUCCAUGCCGGCCAGGUCCCCGACAAUCGAUAGGAAAGCAUGCGUGUGCACGGAUUCGUGAGCCUCGCUCGUCGAGGGACUCGGCGCGCGUACGGCUGUCCUCGACGCCCGGAGGCGACCUGGACGCGCCCGCGAGGUUAGGUGGGCCGCGACCAGCCAUGAAGAGCCCGGUGACGUCCCAGCGCCUGAACGGGACCAACGCGCAUCCCGUCCCGUCGACAAGCCCGCUGCAGACUUUAGGAGGCGCCAAGUCCCGUCACAACAACGCCGCCAAUAGCUUCCAGGUGGUGAAGGUCGCCGGACGCGAGUCCGGCUGCUACAUCGCCAGCAACAUCGCGCCGAAGAUCGGCAAGCAGCAAUUGGUGUCCCUGAACGGGGACACGGUGCGCUGCGACAGCGUCAACUGCGACGAGGCGCUGGCGUGCGAUGUGGCGCCCAUACCGGCGACGAAGACCAAGGCCCUGUGCGUGCACAUCAGGGAGAACAAGUGGUACGACGCCGGUAACGUGGUCUCCGUCGGGGUAGCGGGAACCAGCCUGAAUCAUGCCCUGGAAAGCAUGUCCCUGGCUUACAAUCCUUCUACGAAGCAGCUGUAUUCCGUGGAGGAGGCCAGGACGCCCAGCAAUGCACAAAUCGACUGUACUCCACAGUACCUAGAAUCUCCAUGUAACGGUAAGGAACAAGCGCCGAGUGUGAAACUUGACGCGGACAAAUAUACGAAACUUGAAAAUGUCAGUGCAAACAGUAGUCCAAGAAAUAGUCUGCCACGCUCGUGUAGCAGCACAGUGUCUUCCCUUAGCGAGAUAUCACCUUCGGGCAGCUUUCUAGGAUCCGACGAGCAACACCUCGUGGAAAAAGCUGAUAAGAUACCCAAACGUUGGGGAUUGAACACGAUUUUUACGAAGAAUGUGUUUUCGUGGAAGAAUAGAGGUUCUCAACAGUCGACACCUACAGGUAGCCCAUCGAGAAAUAUCGACAAGGUAGGCGGUAGUACAGCUUUAAUUCAACAGCCGAGACCAGCGAGUUUACCAGCUAAAAAUGCACUGGAAGAAGAACGCCAUCGUAAGCAAUACAAUGCUAUUUUAGAGGCAGCAAGGAAGAGAGAACUGCGCGAAGAGAGGGAGCGUAAGCAGCAACGGGAAUGUCAGCUGAGAGAGGAGAAGAGAUUAGCCGAGGAUUCCAACGCGUGGAAUGUACACGUUUUACCUAAGUUCGAGAGUGUUAAGAAUACGAAAAGAGUAAGGGAACUGUGGUGGCGCGGUUUGCCGCCGAGUGUUCGUGGUAGAGUAUGGAAAUUAGCGAUUUCGAAUAAUUUGAAUGUAACGCCGCACCUCUACAAUCUUUGCUUAGACAGGGCAAUGUCGAGCCCCAACAAUGAGUCAUUAGCCGCUAUCAGAUUAGACGUAUCUCGUACCUUUCCUACCUUAUGUGUCUUUCAAGAGGGUGGACCAUUAUUCGAUAGCCUUCAGGGUAUUUUGGCAGCGUAUGCCGUAUACAGACCGGACGUAGGCUACGUGCAAGGUAUGAGUUUCGUGGGUGCUGUUUUAUCAUUAAAUAUGGAACCGCCGGACGCCUUUGCCUGCUUCGCGAAUCUGCUAAAUCAUCCUUGCCACAGAGCCGCCUUUACAUUGGACCAAAAAAGAAUGGAUACUUACUAUAAAGUAUAUUCCAGUGCUCUUGCGCAUAAGCUGCCAAAAGUCUUUUCUCAUUUUACCGUAGCAGGAUUAAGCCCGGACUUGUAUCUAUUAGAUUGGUUGUAUACUAUAUACGCUAAAGCAAUGCCUCUUGAUGUCGCAUGUAGAAUCUGGGAUGUCUUUCUCAGAGAUGGAGACGAGUUCCUCUUCAGAACCGCGCUGGGAGUGUUGCACUUGUAUCAAGAAGAGUUAUUAAAAAUGGAUUUCGUACACGGCGCACAAUUUCUCACUAGAUUGCCGGAGAAUCUACAAGCGGAAUCCUUAUUCAACAGUAUUAGUCAGAUGUCUACUACUGUUGGGACGACAACAUUCCAGCAAAUGUUGGUUCAAUAUUCUUCGUAAUUUAGUAUAGCAAAGGUAUAGCAAAAUUGAAGUUUUCUUAUUGUGAUAACAAAAUCUUUGUGCAAACAAUUUUAUACAUUAUUUAUUAUUAUUUGAAAUUAAAAAUCUAAUGACUUGUCUGAAAAUUUUAUAUUAAGAUAUCAUGAUUUGUGUUUGUUUGCGAAUAACUUGUACUGAAUGUUUCAGAAACGAUACAUGGGAAUAUCGUUUCUCCGAUCUUUUAGAAGAAGAAAUAAUCUUUAUUCAAAUCUUUUGUUUUAUAAUUGACACAAAAAUAUAAUGUAGAUAUUAAUUGCACAAUAGAUUAGACAGAUAAUUUUCAA